AUGUCUCCAUUUACUCAAAAAAUGUUUUUGUUAUGUGUGUUGACAUUGUUAUCAGCACACAAUAGUUUUGGAGUGCGUGUGAGUGUUCUUAACAACUUAGAACAAAAUAUGGACUUAACCAUUCACUGCAAAUCUGCAGAUACUGAUUUGGGAGCUCAACUUCUUCAUCAUGGUGCUAGUUUUGGUUGGAGUUUUCAAAUUAGCAUUAUUGGCCACACACAAUACUUUUGUUCCUUUCAAUGGAAUGGUGGGUUUCAUUAUUAUGACAUAUACAUAGCAAGCAGGGAUUAUCAUGUAUGUGAUCCUUGCAAUUGGUAUAUUACAAAAUCAGGACCAUGUAGGGUUCUGGCUCCAGGUUCUGCUGUUUGUGACUUUUGGAAAAAGUAG